AAGACCCUGCGGCCCUUUAUUUUUUAAGUGGGGAGAGUGGCGGGUUAUGCUUCCAAGCUAUCAAAUGUAAAGGUCCUCCAGCAAAUUCUCUGGAGUUUGUCAACCAACUCCCACCUUCCCAAUCUCCAGGGUCAAAGCUCAAUGAUCCAGAAGGGAGUUUCAAAGUUAUGAAUAAUUUGUUAUCUUCUACAAAGAAAAUAAAUCCUGUAUCUGACUCAGCAUUGAUACAAGCAAUGCAUUUAUCAACUUCUGACAAAGUUUUACCUAUCAGCCAUAAAUCACAGUUCAGUCCGUUAUAUCAGCCCACUUGCCAUUUUUGUGGGCUGUUUGGAUCCUUAAGAUGCACCAAGUGUAAGCAGGUCUGUUACUGUUCUUCAAGUUGUCAGAUGAAAGAUUGGCAAACACAUAAUAUUGUCUGUAAGCCAAGUAAAUCGAAUACAAAUAAAGCUGAAUAUUGUAGAAAAUCAUUGGAUGAAAGCAAUAAAAAGGAAAAUAUAUUACCAAUGAAUACUAAAAAAGUAAACCAACAAGGGAAGAAAAUAAUGCUGUCUGAUCUGAGUUAUUUAGGACUUCAGAAAAAUGUGAAAAUCAAAGGUACAAUAACACAUUUUAAUAGUCCUAGUGAAUUCUACAUACAAGUCAAUUCUCCUGAAGUUCAAAGUAAUAUUAGAAAACUAAUAAUGAAACUGAAAGAUUACAAGGGAAUUAAUCAAGUAUAUACUCCUGUCAAAGGAGAAGUUGCUGUUGCAAAAUAUCCUCUGGAUCAGACUUGGUGCAGGGUACUCAUAAAAGAGAUAGAUAUCCUCACAAAUAGUGCUCAAGUACUGUAUAUUGACUAUGGAAAAGGAGAAAAUAUACUACUACACAAAAUUAAAGGAUUGAAUGAAGAUCUUUCACAGAUCCCACCCUGCGCCAUUAAAUGUUGCAUUGCUAAUGUUCUUAAUAUAAAAGAAUGGAAUGAAAACUACAAGGAUAUUAUUGCUCCAAUUCUUAUAGGAAAAUAUUGUUCAUUAAUUAUCACUGAUGUUUUGAUGGAUGAUAUGCCUUGUUUUAUUGUAGAUGCUAUCUUGUCAGAUUAUGGUAAACAUUUGCAUGAAAUUAUCUUGGAAAAUAUGCAUGAUUGGAAUGCAAAGAAGAAGGAUAGUAAGAAGGAAACUUCAGCUAUGGAUCCUACUGUGGAAAAAAAAUCUGUUGUAGAAAAGAAAAUGGAAUGGAAAGAAUUGGAUGGUACUGAUUGCUUAACUCCAGAGAUUGUCUCAGUAGCUAUAGGAGAUGCAUUUUUGGGCAUGGUUGCCCACAUACAAAACCCAGGAAAUUUUUUUUGUCAACAGACAGAAAAUGGCUGCAGCCUUUCUCAACUUCAAGUAUCCCUACGUGAAUAUUGUGCAAAUACCUCAAUCACCCCAGACUUUUGCCCAGCAGUAGGAGAUAUGUGUUGUGCCCAGUUUACAGAAGAUAACCAGUGGUAUCGUGCAACAGUGAUAUCCUUUGUUUCAGAGAAAAUUGUUUUAGUGGGAUACAUAGAUUAUGGAAACUUUGAAAUUCUACAGUUAAAUAGACUUCGACCAAUUGUUCAGAAAUUAAUGGAAUUACCAAUGCAAGCUAUAAAUUGUACCCUUGCAGGUGUGAAACCAAUAUCUGGGACCUGGCUGGCAGAAGCAACUUCUGCCAUGAAGCAACUGAUCCAGAAUAAAACGGUUGCCAUAAAAGUCACUGACAAGAAAAUAAACACUUUUGUAGUAGAAAUUACAGAUGAAUCUGUGACUCCAUCAGUUAAUGUAUCUAAAUGUCUUUUAGAGUUAGGUUAUGCAGUAGAAGAAGCACCUAUUCUUUUGAAACAGAUUGAAACAAUUAAAGAAACAAAUGGUGAACAACGGGAGCCUGUUAAUUGGUCUUGGGUCACAUUAACAGCUAAACAGGUGGUAAAUGUCAUGGUCUCUGUGUUGUACAAUCCCAGCAAGUUCUAUUGCCAGUUAUUAAACAAAGACGAUUUGAAUGCUCUUAAAGAACUCAACUUAUCUUUAGCAGAGUACUGUGAGAAAACAAAACCCAAUGUUUCCCAAGUAACAAAGGGGAUGGUAUAUGGUGCUUAUUUUUCUGGUGAUGGUAGAUGGUAUCGCGCCUUUGUAAAAGAUGUCAUUUCACUUGAAGUAAUUAAAGUUCAAUUUGUAGAUUAUGGAAAUUGUGAAGAAAUUACUCUAGAUAAAAUUAGACAUAUUUCAUCUACAUUCUUGAAACUUCCAUUUCAGGGAAUCAAAUGUUGGCUUUCAGGUGUGAGACCCAAAAAUAAUAAAUGGACUACAGAAGCUAUAACAACCUUUCAGAUGUAUGCAACUGAGAAAAAACUGCAUGCCAGAGUAAUUUCUGUAAUGAAGAAUGGUGCUGAAGUGGAGCUUAUUGAUAAUUCUAAUAGUAUUCCUAUGAUCGGUGAAAUAUUAAUAAGGAAACACAUGGCUUUUAAAGAAGACGUACUAUUAAAUCCAAAUACAUUACCAGUUACGUCUACCAGCAUGCAGUGGACAAUGCCAGCAUUUUCCAUUGGUGAUACAUUAUCAGCUCUUGUAUUAGAUGUGGUAGAUCCUGGGUUAUUUUAUGUUAUACCAAAAGAAUUGAAAGUGGAUUCACAAAAGCUCCAUAAACUAAUGAUUGAACUUGCAGACUGUUGCUGUGCUCAAAAUGAUUGCAUCUUCCAACCAAAGAUUGGUGAACCCUGUUGUGCCAGGUUCUCAGGUGAUGAUAAAUGGUACCGUGCAAUCGUUCUGAGAAUAAAUGUAUCCGACAUUAAAAUCGUGUAUGCUGAUUAUGGAGUUGUGGAGAUGUUGCCUUUCUCUAGACUUCAGCCUAUAACUGCCCCCUACUUACAGUUACCGUUUCAAAUACUUAAAUGUUCCUUAGCAGAUAUUAUGGGACUGGAUGGAAAGUGGUCCAUAUCAGCAAUAGAGAAGCUGAAAAGUCUCUUAAUGAAUGCCAAUGUAAUGAUUACAGUGAAAGAAGUUUCUCAAAAUAUUUAUCCAGUAAUUGUGCAAAAAAUGAGUGAAAAUCGUGUUAUGGAUAUAGCAGAACAAUUAAUAAUUGAAAACUUGGCAAAAUAUAGCAAUAAUGGGAAUCAAUGUUCAAAGACAACAGAUUGUUCCUGCAUAGAGUUGAAAAAGCAAGUUGCAAAACUUGAACAGGUUCUUUAUUUUCUCCUGAAAGAUCGCUUUGGUGAAGAUAACAUUCCUAACAUUAUGAAGGCCUUUGAAAAAUAAAAUUAUCUAUAUAUCAUAUCUUGCAAUAAUAUCAAAUAUUGUAAAAAUAAUAUUAAAAGUUAAUGCAUUUUGUUUUGUAUCAUAUUAAAAUUUAGGUUGCUGAUUUUUGGAUCCCCCAAAGUGCGAAACUAGUUUUUCUGCCAAAAGAUGCUGUGAAAUAAUUGGGAUAAUUUAGAAUCAACUAUGUUUUGUGUGCCAUACGUUUUUCAGAUACUUGAACUGUAAUUGGGUCCUGGAGCAGAGCUGUGCAGAAUCAAAAUGUAAAAACACUGUAUAAUACUUAU